AUGGCUACAGAGUGGGUGGGGGAGGUGGACGAAAAAGUGCUGCAUGCGGAUAUCACUGAUAUUCAGAUUCCAAUAGACUAUGAAACGGAGAAGCACCGAGUUGCCUUCAUUGAAUUUGAAUUGGCUGAACCCUCUUCUGCUGCUAUUGAUAACAUGAAUGAGUCAGAGUUCUUUUGAAGAACCAUUCGGGUCAACAUCGCCAAACCUAUGAAGAUCAAAGAGGGCUCUUCUCGUCCAAUUUGGUCAGAUGAUGAUUGGCUGAAAAAGUUCACGGGAACAACUGCCGAAGAGGCUGAGGUGACGGAGUCCACUGGAGAAUCAGCCAAAUCAACAACAGCAUAUAAUGAGCCCCCAGCCAGGAAGGGCAGAACAAACCCCCAGGUUUACAUGGACAUCAAGAUUGGCAAUAAGCCAGCAGGGAGACUGCGCUUCCUGCUCCGAGCAGACAUUGCUCCAAUGACCGCAGACCUAUCGGCUGCCUUCGAUACUGUGAACCAUCAGAUCCUCCUCUCCACCCUCCUCUUCAUGGCUAACUCUGGAGCAAACAGCAACGGCUCUCAGUUCUUCAUCACCUGUGACAAAACGGAUUGGCUGGAUAACAAACAUGUGGUGUUUGGAGGGUUGAUGGAGGGCAUGGAGGUGGCAAAAGCCAUGGAGGCACAAGGAACAAAAGAAGGCAAGACCAAGCAGAAAGUGAUCAUUUCAGACUGUGGAGACUAUGUUUAA